UGCGCGACGUCGAAAUGUAUACCUGCGUCGCGCCAUGUGUGAUAAUUUUGGCGGGGCAAUAGUAAAAAAAUUUCAAAAAAUUUCCCAAAUUUUCCAAACCAAAAGCCUUCCGCUCUUUAUCUCUCUCGCACUCAGUCUCUCUUCCCAAACCAAACCCAAAUCCUUCUCCUAACUCCAGCCGACUAUCCUCCUCGACACCCUUCCCUUGACUCUCCAACUCUCAAUCGUCCUCCUCCUCAUAGUGCUCACGAGCCAUCACCGCCGUUGACCAACACAACGGCACCACCCAUCAUCUUUCUCAAUGACAUCCCAGAGAACCCAGGCCAUCACCCCCGCUGUCAUCCCUCUAAAAUUUAGUUCUGAAUCUGCUUUAUAUGCUGCAACUGAAAGUGAUAUCAUUGUUGGUGUGAAAGUCAGUCGAAAUGCCACAACUGAAAGUGAUAUCAUUUUUGGUGUGAUGGACACUCGAAUUUGGCCUGAAGCCGAGAGCUUUAAAGAUGAAGGUUUUGGUCCUCCUCCUAAGAAGUGGAAAGGUGUUUGUGAAGGCGGCAAAAAUUUCACCUGCAACAAAAAGAUUGUUGGUGCUCGAUAUUACUUAACCAUAUUUAAUAGUUAUAAGGUUGGUUCUGUGUCAAGUGUAGUACCAUGGAUAUUCACAGUUGCAGCUAGUACCACAUAUCGCCAGAUUGACAGCAUUGUUCUUGCAAACGGAAAGAAACUAGUCGGGCACUCUACGAACACGUUCACAUUAAAUGGAACAAAUUUCCUCUCAUAUAUGGAAAAGAUGCUUCAAGAACAAAUUGCUCUCAAAUGCUAGCUAGGGUCCCUCAAGCGACGAUAUUACAAAGUGAAGUCAUAAAAGAUGUUGCUGCGCCUCUUGUUUCUAUCACGUCUGCGACUGGACCGAAUUUAGUUGACUAUGUUAUGAAUUUGAUGAUUCUUCAUCUCCUAGACUGUUGUAUUUAUUUGACUAUGUAGUUCCAGGGUGAGCAGAUGAAGGCCCACGGCGAAGGGAUGAGGACCUAUACGGGGACAGUGAGAGACCUUGUACGAGUCAUGUCCAACCUCCAAAUCUCGCUACUAGCACUUAAUCUUGCUCCACCAUCGACCUCAGAGCCACCUCACCUUGCCGAUACUCAGUAGCUUGAUGUAUUAAACCUAGAAGACUACUUGUAGUUUUUUCUUUUUUGUUCGAACAUCUUGUAUGUACAUUUUAUAUAUUUUAUAAUUAAAUACU